UCUUUUAAGUCAAGAGUGAAUGCCCUCUUUUUAUUCUAAAGUUGAUUCGAAAUUUUUAGCCAACUUCAAUACUUUUCAGCAAUUUUUACCUUAGUUUUAAGGAUCUUAAGAAGGUGAACACAAACUCACUUGUGAUCUCGUUGCCUAAAUUAACUAAAUAUAGUUCUGGUCUUCCUCCUCUGAUUAGGAUAUUGAACCAAUUAUUUGAAGCAAAGUGAAAAAACACAUCAUCGAGAAUUAUGCUUUCUUGGGAUCACUAUCUGUGGUAGUGGAGAUAUAUGAGGAAGCGAACAAUGAGAUGACGGCAACACAACUGACAGAUAGAAUCCGGCUGGACUUGUACAGGGGACCCCUCAGUAAGCUUCUUUCUUAAUCCUUUUUAACCAAAUUUAGAAUUGACAGUCAAUGUAAGUAUUUUGAGCAAUGACGUAAUCAAACUAUUAAAUAGAUGUGGGGAUGGAAUUCUCGUAGGUAGCGAGCAAUGAGAUGAUGGAAAUUCAGCUGACAAUGAUGGAUGCUCUUCCACUAGCACACUAGAGCCAGGAUAUACAUGCACGUCAUCGCUUCCAACAACUUGAACUCUUAAUUGUGGGAAUAAUGUUUUUGAAUCUCCAGAGCAAUGAGAUGAUGGAAAUCUGAUUUCUGGUGAUGGUUGAAGUCCCACUUGAACCAUUGAGACUGAUUGGGAGUGAGAUGGUAACUUCCCAAGCAGCUGAAACCUCUUAUGAAGCAACGGAAGAUUAGAUCCAGGCGAAACAUGAGAUGAUGGAGGCUUGGUGAAUGGAGAUGGAUGAGAUUCGAGUUGACAAGUAGAGCCAAGCUAUGAAUGAUUUGGAGCUCCAAGUUCUUGUAAUCUUAUUUGAGGCAACGGAAGAAUUGACCCUGGAGAGACAUGAGACGACUCAGGGUUAACUCAUGGAGAUGGAUGCAGCUCUACAUGACAAGUAGAAACAGACUGGGAGUGAUUUGGUACUCCUAGCCAAUGAAAUCUUAUCUGCAGUAAUGGAAGACUUGAUUCGAGCGAGGAGUGAGAUGACUCCAACCUCAGCGAUGGUGAUGGCUGUGACCAAAACUGUAAAGUUGAGAUUGGAUGGGCUUGAACCAGAGAGCCAUCAACAUGAUCCCCUGUAUGAGGUGAUGGGCUCAUCAUUGAUACUGAAGCUUGAGAUGAUGAAAAUACGGAGAAUAAUGAUGGGUGUUCAGAGACAUGUCAGAUUGAGCCAGACUGGGUUUGUGAAGGAACUCCAUCUCAAUGAAAGAUACAAAUCCAAGUAGAUUCGUCUACAGAAACAAUUGGAACAUCGCUGCAAACUAGUGUCACUAUUGGAGUGACAGUCCAGUUGGUAAUUUCAACUGUGCUUGGAUCUGCUUUAUCUUCGAUGUGGGCAAUGAUCAACUCAAUGCAACUUAUCAAUUACAUGGGGACAUUAAGUCUUUACUUUCCGAAGUCAGCCAUGUCGAUGCUCUCUUUUGUCAAUGUUGCAAACAUGGAGAACGAAUAUCUGGCAUCUCUGUACAAGCUUCACUUUAACUCAUCUGAACUAGAGAAUAGGACUUCAUGGGAUCACAGGUUCGAGAAUCAAGGCAUUGAUAGCACUCACAUUCUAAUGAACGGAGCCAGCAUCUUUGCAUGAAUUGUUCUCAUGGUUGCCUAUUAUAUGAUAGUUGCAAUGCUUUCAUUUUGCAUGGGAAAGCCUCCUUCAGAAUCUAAAACAAAGACACUGAAUUGAUGAAGAAAAGUGAUUGUCAAGCUUCAAAGCAGACUUCAUGAAAUAAAGUCGGAAGUAUUGUUCAACUCAGCCUACAAGAUACUUGCUGAGUUGUUCUUGGACCUCUGAUUCAUAUCUAUAUGCCACAUUAUGAAUAUUCGAUGGGAGAGCUGGCUAGAUUACUAUGGCAACUCUGUUGCUUUCUUAUGGUGUUCCAUCAUAACUCUCGUAAUAAUAACUCUUCCAUUCUAUUAUUGAACAUUUCCUCGCAAAUACACUGCUAAAUCAAUUCGAAAGUUUAGAUUUAAAGUACUAAUGGAAGAUUUCAAAGACAAUAAGAAAAUUUGUAUGCAUGAAAGCUUUCUGUUUCUAUGCAGACGAUUAGCUCUGGUCAUCCUCACCGCAUUCGGUUGGAACCAUGGACUUUUACAAAUCUCCAUUUUUAUUGCUAUCUGUGGGAUAUUGAUAAUAUUCAAAAUAAUAGUGCGGCCGUACAAAAGCGCGAUCCUCAACUUUCAAGAUAUCAUAUUUGAGUUUAUACUAAUGGGAAUAUCUCUGAUCUUCAUUACUUUUACCUCUGAGUCAACAGAGCUGGUGACGAGUGGAAGACCUCAUUUAUUAGGAAUGAUUGGGUUUUCAUUAGUAAUUUUCCUAUGAGUCUUCAACUAUAUUAUCACUUUUAUUAUCUUUGUCAAGAGCUGGUGAUGCAAAACAGAUAAGGAUAAAAAUAAGGUUAUCCCAUUCAAAAAGUCAGGGGGUAAUGUUGACGAGGGAUAUGUGAAGGAUAUGCAACAAAGUCAAAUUCCUUUUAAAGAUCAGUCGUUUAAUGUUCAGAAAGCAGUAAGAAAGGAGCGGAAAAGAAAGCAAUCAGCAAGACGUAGAGAGUUUGCUCGAAGAGGUAAAAAUAACCAAUCAGAAUUUACGAAUAAUAUCCGAAGAAAACUCUCAAAUUACCCUAAUUCCUCUCGUAAAUCUAGUGGGAGAUCACGUAUCACCCAUAAGCUCGGAACUACGAAGCAAAUGUCCUCUCGCCACUCAUCAUCUCGUCAGAACAAGUUUUCUCAUUUUUAUGAGCCUUAAGAUCUUAUUUUUACC